UUUCGUCUGUUGCUGUACAAACCAGUCAAUGCUGAGGUGCAGAAGGUGACCUUAACUUCACAGCAGGAAAAAGAGAAAGUGAGGGAAAGAGAUAGAGAAGCAUGAUGGCUGAAUUCGGAUGGAUUAAAAUAUCUUUUUUACUGACACCAGUGCUUCAGAUUACAGCAGCAGUAACUGGACAAAGUUCAGACUCGUUGAUUGUCAGAGCUGGAGAUGACGUCACUUUGCCUUGUGAAAAUGUGAUAAAUGAUCACCAUAGCUGUGUCAGUACAACAUGGAUCUUCAGUGGUUCCAGAAACACAGUAACACUGUUUGAAAAUGGGCAGAUUCACAAAGAUGCCAUGGCUAAAUCAGACAGACUGAGUGUUACAGCGAACUGUUUUCUGGUUAUAAAGAAGGUCACAGUCGAGGAUGUUGGUCGUUACGUCUGCAGGCAGUUUAUAUCAGGACAACAACAAGAUCCAGACUCUCUGGUUGAUUUGUCUGUUAUUACCAUGACUGAACAUAAAGACUCUGAUAAGGUGACAUUAAGCUGCUCUCUGUCGACAUAUGGACCAUGUACAUACACAGUGAAGUGGCUGAAUGAGGAUAAAGAUGUGGAUAAUGAUAACCAAGACUUGAAGACAUCACAGCGCACCUGCUUUGCCAAUGUGACCUUUGGCACUGCAAAGAAUUACAAGUUAGCGAAGUGUAAUGUGAAAGAUAGUUACACUGGAGAGGAACUGCAGUUUACCUUCAGCCGUCUGUCCGCAGAUUGGUGGUGGUACAUCCUUGUUGCUGUGGGUCUAGCAGCACUCUUGAUAAUUGUUGUUGCGGCUGUGAGUUGGAGAUAUAAAGCAAACAAAACACAGAUGGAUGACAACAUUGCAUUGACUUCAGAUCCUGCAGUGACUCAGACCGCUCCAAAAACCAGUCAAGCCGCAGCUGAUCCUGAAGAUGGUGUUUCCUAUGCCUCCAUCAGCUUCACCAAGAAGACCAACAGUAAAGCCCGGGUUCUGGGUGGUGAUGAGGCAGUGACCUACAGCACUGUGAGGGCGCCCUCCUCGUCUGCUGGAGCCUCCGCUGACCCCAACAGCCUCUAUGCUACCAUCAACUAACCUAGACAUAGAGUUAUUAUUUUACAUGAAUUCUUCAUCGUAAAAUCAUGUCAAUGUUUAUUGAAAAAGUGACUAUGGAUUGACUGUGUUGAUUCUUGUGGAGAAAUUGUCGAUGAAAUCCAAAUGUUAGACAGUAUUUUAUGUUUAAUCCUCAUUUUGUGUAAUUCAUUGCUAUUUUCUUGUAUUAUAAUGUUGAAAUUUUGUUUUUAGCACAACCAGGUGUUCCCCUUUCUUUCCCUUGUUGCUGUAAAAAGCUUUUUGUCCAGAAGGGGAAGAUUUAAGUUAAGAUUCAAGUCAUUGUGAAGAAGUGACCUGUUACUCAUAACAGGAAGUGAAUCUUUCUUAAAGAAGCAUUAGCUCAGAAACUUUGACAGUUAAGAGCGUAAGAACAAGAGAUAGAGACAUAGAAGCAAGAUGGUUCAAUUCAAAUGGAUCAAAAAGUCUUUAUUUGUGAUACUGGCUCUGUUUACAGUGACUGAACAUCAGACGAAUGAGAGAGUCAUUUGGUUCUGCGCUGUGUUGACAUAUGAAGGCUGUGGACACUCAGUGAAGUGGCUGUAUGAUGACGAUGAUGAUAAGAUUGACACUGAGAUAUCACAGUAUACCUGUGCAUCCAGUGUGGCAUUUACAAUUCCUCAUCUCAAGCAGAAGUCAAACUAUUAUGAGUUAUGUAAGUGUAACAUGACGGAUGAUAAGAGAGGACAAACGCUGCUGUGUUAUGUUGGUCCCCAGUCCUCAUGUGAGAAAACAGGAAGCAUCUUAGUGGAGACUGAAGAGGAACAACAAGACUGGUGGAGGUUCCUCAUUGUGUCUGUGGGUUUAGCAGCACUCCUAACAAUUGUUGUAGCGGUCAACAUAUGGACAAAAACUAAAGGGAACAGAACACAGAUGGAUGAACACAUUUGACUGAACAUCAGACGAAUGAGAGAGUCAUUUGGUUCUGCGCUGUGUUGACAUAUGAAGGCUGUGGACACACAGUGAAGUGGCUGUAUGAUGACGAUGAUGAUAAGAUUGACACUGAGAUAUCACAGUAUACCUGUGCAUCCAGUGUGGCAUUUACAAUUCCUCAUCUCAAGCAGAAGUCAAACUAUUAUGAGUUAUUUAAGUGUAACGUGACAGAUGCUAAGAGAGGACAAACGCUGCUGUGUGAUGUCGGUCCCCAGUCCUCAUGUGAGGACACCUACACCUCCAUCAGCUAGAAGACCCACUGUAAAGCCCAGGUGCUGGGUGGUGGUGAAGCGGUGACCUCCAACACUGUGAAAGCAUCCUCCUCUUCUGCUUGAGCCUCUGCUGAUCACAGCAACCUUUAUGCUACCAUCAACUAACCAAAAUCUAACAUUAUAUAGUUACAUUUAAUAUCAUUGCAUUCAUUUUAUAGUUAUACUUCAUAACUAAAAGCUUUCUGCUGUGAAAACAAAGUUGUUUUUGUAAGAAUGGAUUGAAUUUAACUAUUCACUAACUUUGCUUUAUUGAUACUGUAUUGUGAAUAAAAUGUCGACGUAAUCUAAA